ACUGGGUUCACAGUUAUAUAUUUAUAGAUAUUUAAUGGAUUUUUUAAUAAAAAUACAGGGUCUUCACAAAAGUUACUGGUUCCCGGGAACCCAGUAACUAUACUCUACGUCCGCCACUGCCACACGGAUUUGUUCGAAUUUGAGCUGCUUUUGAAAAUGUCUUUUUUUUUGAAAAUGUAUUUUGAAGAAUCCUUAGUCGUUCUUAGAGUUUUGCUGCCACUGUGUGGCAUGGGACAUGGCACAGCACGGCACAGCAGCAGAUAAGAUGGCAGAGAAGACGGUGAAACCUCAAAAGUUUCUGUAGCCAGGACCAGUAACCCUCAUGACCUUGAAAGUUGCUGGACUGGAAUGUCAAAAGCAAUGCAGCAGAUAUAGUCAUCCACUAGAUAAAGAUUCUAAUAUGCCAUGGUUGUCCUAAAAGAGGAAGGAACAUGGGGAAGCACUUGAAUUUAUGGCCCUAGUAUCCAGAUGAAUUCCUUACCUUAAACUAGAGAAAACAUGCCCAUUAUCCUGUGGAGAAGCAGCAACGUGAAUCUGAAGGUCAGCCAGAUUGAGUAUUAGGAUCUCUGAAGGUUGAGACAGGAAAUUGAGUGCAUGAAUCUUGGAGAAUAAAUUCUGACAGAAAUAAGAUAACAAGAUAUGGAUGCACAUUCAAGUGAACUGAGAGUGAGCUCGACUUUUGCCAUUCGGAUGCCAUAUGCAUGCUUCCUACUUCAUCGUCUAACUUUGCUUCGGAUAUGGACUCCUAGUAGAUUAUUUUCCACUAGAAGUGAACUAACUCGGCUAUGCUGGUCUCAUGAGAUGCACAUCAGAUUUGCUGUAUUAAGAAAUGGUGUACCAAAUAGCUGCUGGCAUAAACACUUUUUUGGAUAGAGCUUCAACAGCAUGUGCUUUUCAUCGCUCCAGGUUAGUCAGUGGAGAGCUGGAGUUGUUCAGUUCAAUGCAAGUCAAUCACCCUAACCAGGGUCCUGUGGUUCUUGGGCAGCAUGCUCCAGAAGUGACGUCCUUUGGUGUAAGCAACAUGGAAGACAUUGACCAAGAAAUGCAGUUGCUUGAUUCUAUCAAACUCAAUAGUGUCGAGAUGCCUGAAGCGUAUCAUGAGGGUAUGAAUGAUGUGACAGAAGUCUCUGGACAUGCUGAAGAGAAGCAGCCAGUAUAUCAUCGUAUGAAAUGGACAGAUGAUAUGGUUAAGCUUUUGAUUACUGCUGUUUCUUACAUCGGAGAAGAUGUUUUGUCCAAUGGGGUUUUCAUCAAGAAGGGUAAAUGGAGGGCCAUUUCCUGUGUUAUGGCUGAAAGAGGUCAUCACAUCUCUCCUCAGCAAUGUGAGGAUAAGUUUAAUGAUAUGAACAAGAAGUUCAAGAGACUGAAUGAUAUACUUGGGAGAGGCACUGCAUGUCAUGUCAUGGAGAACCCAGCACUUCUAGAAAUGAUGGACCUAUCUGACAAUUUGAAAGAGGAAAUGAAGAAGCUUUUAGGUAGCAAACAGUUGUUCUACCAAGAAAUGUGUUCAUACAACAAUCAGAAUAGAUUAUUCCUUCCCCAUGAUCAGGAAGUUCAGCAAUCUGUGCUGUUGGCUGUAAAGGGUAAAGACAAGUGUGACACCAAAAAUGUGUUGCAGGAUUUGCCUUUGAAGAGGAAGACAAGUGGAGAAGAAAGAGUUUCAAAAGAUAAAAGAGUUUCUAUGAACAAUGAGGAGAGAGAAAUACAGGACGAGCAUAGUCUCCCUCGCUUACGACAGCUGGAAGAACAAAAGCUACAAAUUCAGGCUCAAAUUCUGGAAUUGGAGAAGAAGAGGUUCAAGCACAUGAGAUUCUGCAGUAAAGAAGACAAGGAGCUACAAAAGAUGAUGCUGGAUAAUGAGGUUAUCAAGCUUGAGAAUCAGCGGUUGGUGCUUGAACUCAAACUCAGUGGAAUGCGCCCUUUUGACUGAAUCAUGUACCAGUGCUGCAGUAUAUGUGGUCUGUACUUGCUCUUGAAUCACCCUCUGUUAAACUUGGAACAUGUAUUUUCUCUGCUUGAUUGUGUUUGCUUUUUUUUCGAUGUAGGAAGUGCAAACUUUUAAUCUCUUCUUGUUCAGCUUUAGGACUGAAGCAUAACCAUGUUAGCACUUAAUUGGACUAUUUUAUUUAUGAUGUGUUUGGUAACUUUCA